UUUUUUUUCAAUUUUAUAUAUACAACGCCGAAAUUUCUAUCUCUCGUUCUCUCUCUUCCUCUUCGUUUCUCUCUCUUUUUCUCCUGUCGCUUUUUCGCCGGAAAAUUGCGUCAGCGAUCGCCGGUGAAUCGCCGUCCUUAAAGAAAACGUUUUUAUCUACAGCAAGAUCUGGCGGAUGGGAGGGAUUUAGUUUUGUUAUGUUGAUUUUACGGAUAUUGUUUUGAAUUUGUGAUGAAUUUGUGGGAAAGGAGAGGAAUUUAGGGUUCUGUUUUUAUUUUGAUGGAAGAGCGGAUGAGAUCUGGUGAGCAUUCUGGGAUUAUGGUAAAGAAUAGGAGCCAAUCAGGAUGUUUGAUUGUAAGGAAGAAAGGUGAUGGUUUGGGUGGGGGCGGUUCUGUGGGGACCCGAAAGGUUUAUAAAUCUAAAAAGGAGAAGAAGAGGCCUAGGAUGAUUAUGAGUGAUUCGGGUUCUAGUGAUGAACUAGUGAUGCCACCUCGAAGGAGGGCUGGGCCGAAAUCUCCUCAAUUUUGUAAUGGUUUAGCUGUUUAUGAAGAAAGUGAAAUUGGUAGGAAGAGGAAUAGAGAGGAGAAAAUAAGGCUUAGUGAGGAUGGUUUUAUUGGGAGGAAUGGGGAGGAUUUGAGUGAGAGUGAGAGUAAGAGGAAUAGAUUAGAUGUGUUUGACUUUGAUGAGUAUGACAGACUUGAAGAGGAGAUGAUUAUGAGGAGGAACCGAUUUAAUUAUGGUGCAGAAGAGAUUGGAGAUAGGAGAUUGUUUGGUUCAAUGCCUGCAGUUGCUCGGAGGAGUAUUGAGAGAGAAUGUGAGAGUGGUCCGAGCAAUAAUGCCUUUCUUGAGAAGAAGAAGAAGAAGAAGAAGAAAAAAAAUGAUUUGUACUUUGAUAAGAGUGAUGGGAUGAGCUGGGGUGAUCAUGAUGAUAUUAGGAACAAGUUUAGGAAGGAUAGGGAUGGUGGUCGGCUGCAUUACCCCUUGUUGAGGGAGAGGUAUAUGGCUGAUUCAGAUGAAGCUAUCAGGGUUCAAGGAAAAAAUGGUGUUUUGAAGGUAAUUGUGAACAAGAAAAAGAAGGUGGGUGAACCUCUGAAGAAUUUUGAUCGCUUGGAAGCUGAGGAAGCCCGCAGUGGUUCAAGGAUUGGUGAUACAGUUAGGAUGAACUUGCAUGUUCAUCCGUCCUUGUACUCUGAGUUGAAAGUUCUUGAGGAACCUGUUUCACUUGCUAGGAAAGAGAAAAAGAAAAUGAAUUUACUAAAGACACCGGCAACUGGGAAGAAUAAGGUUUCUGAAUGGGAUUCAGAUGAUAACAAUACAUCUCUGCAGCUAGGAUCAAAGAAUAUGGAAGCUUCUAACUCAAAAAAGAGGGUAAGUAGAAAAGAGGAAAAAACACAAAUAGAGUCGCUUCUGCCUACCAGAAACAAAGAAGGAAAAAUUAGGCGAGGAUGUGGCACAGAGAAACAGAAAUUACGUGAACGAAUAAGGGGGAUGCUCCAGGAAGCAGGCUGGACAAUAGAUUAUAGACCAAGGAGAAACAGGGACUACUUGGAUGCGGUGUACAUCAAUCCUGCUGGAACUGCCUACUGGUCCAUCAUCAAGGCAUAUGAUGCACUUCUAAAGCAGCUAGAUGAGGAAGACGAGGGCAAACCUGGUGGAGAUAGUUCUGCAUUUACCCCAUUAUCAGAUGAAGUACUCAACCAAUUAACCAGGAAAACACGAAAGAAGAUGGAAAGGGAAAUGAAAAAGAAGCAAAGAUAUGACAGUGAGAGUGAGAAUGCACAAGAAGCUGUUGCUCGAAAAUCUUCAAGUACCAGGCAUGAAGAUGAGAGUAUGGAUAGUGCAAUUCAUGAAGAGAAACUAAGUUCCUUCUUUAAACCUGGUAAGUCAUCCAAAAAUGGUGCCUUAAGUGCAACCACAAAAGGUCAAAGUUCUCUUCAUGUGCCUGAUAGUUAUGAAAACCCAUCCUCUACAUCCAAUUCUCAUCUUAUUCGUGGAAGAAAAAGUAGAAAACUUGGCAGAUGCACAUUGUUGGUACGUGGUUCCAAUGCAGCUCUGAGUUCAGAGGGGGAUGACUUUGUUCCAUAUUCUGGGAAAAGAACACUGCUUUCCUCACUAAUUGAUUCUGGAGAAGUGGAGUUGAGCCAAAAGGUGCAGUAUAUGAACCGUAGGAGAACAAAAGUUUUGCUAGAGGGAUGGAUCGCUAGGGAUGGUAUCCAUUGUGGUUGUUGUAGUAAAAUCCUCUCAGUUUCAAAAUUUGAGAUUCAUGCUGGAAGCAAAUUGCGCCAGCCAUUUCAGAAUAUAUACUUGGGCUCUGGUGUUUCUCUACUUCAGUGCCAAGUAGAUGCCUGGAACAGACAAGAGGAGUCUGAGCAGAUUGGUUUCCAUUCUGUUGACGUUGAUGGUGAUGACCCCAAUGAUGAUACUUGUGGCAUUUGUGGAGAUGGUGGGGAUCUAAUCUGUUGCGACAGUUGCCCCUCAACAUUUCAUCAGAGCUGCUUAAAUAUAGAGUUUUUACCAGCGGGUGAUUGGCACUGUCCAAAUUGCACAUGCAAAUUUUGUGGUAAUGGCAGUGACAUUGCUCAAGAGGAUAAUUUAAUUGAUUAUGCAAUUCUCUCUUGCAGCCUGUGCGAGAAAAAAUACCACGAAUCAUGCAUGGAAUUGACAGAGGAGCAUCAUAUUGAUUCCAACAGUUUAGUUCUUCCUUUUUGUGGGCAGACAUGCAGAGAGCUGUUUGAGCAUUUACAGAAGUAUCUAGGGGUCAAACAUGAGCUAGAAGCAGGAUUUUCAUGGUCUCUUCUUCAAAGAACAAAUGCAGAUUCUGAUACAAUUGCCAGGGGACUUCCACAGAGGGUGGAAUGCAAUUCUAAACUAGCUGUUGCACUGAAUGUGAUGGAUGAAUGCUUUUUGCCCAUUGUUGACAGGAGGAGUGGGAUCAACUUAAUCAAUAAUGUUGUUUAUAACUGUGGGUCCAACUUCAACCGACUGAACUAUAGCGGCUUCUACACUGCUAUUCUGGAGAGAGGUGAUGAAAUAAUUUCUGCAGCAUCAAUCAGGUUCCAUGGAACUAAGCUAGCAGAGAUGCCAUUCAUUGGCACUCGCCAUAUAUAUAGGCGCCAGGGAAUGUGUCGUCGUCUUUUCUCAGCUAUUGAGAUGGCUCUCUGCUCUCUCAGGGUUGAGAAACUAGUCAUUCCUGCAAUUGCUGAACUUACACAUACAUGGACUUCAGUUUUUGGUUUCAGUCCUAUAGAGGAAUCACUCAAGCAAGAUAUGAGAUCCAUGAAUAUGCUGGUUUUCCCUGGUAUAGAUAUGCUGCAGAAGCUACUUCUGGAGCAAGGAAACACGAAAACAAGCUUGACUGCUGCUACAGUUAAGAAGCAAACUGAAUCAGGAUCUACGGAAUGUAUCACACCUGAGGUGGCUAACAAAUUUAAACCCGGUUCCUUGUUUGGGCAUGAUACUGAAUCUGCAGCUGCAGAUUCAGAUUCCCAGUGUCCGAAUGUUUCUAUCAAUGAUACUUGUGGGACUAGUGGUUCCUUGGACGCAUCAGUCGAACCUAAUGAAUCUGCGAUGAACAGUAUACCUGAUGUUAACCCUAGCUCAAUCCACGAUGCCAACGAGACAGAAAUUAAGGCAGGAUUGGAUUCUCCAGCAGAAAAUAAUACUCAGUCUUGUAUGGAGGGUAUGGAUGAUACAAGCGUACGUGUUAUUGAAACUCAAGUCACAACCUCUGAUAACGGAACUGAUUCACUGUCAGGGGACAAGGCAACUGAGUCUGCUUCGGAGAACAAAAACCAUGCGACCUCCUCUACAGACGAUAGUGCAGUAGACAUGGGAAAUCAAGCAGUAUUAGACUCUCCAAUCCCAAAAAUUACUCCAUCCUGUGAAGAGGUGGAUACGGAUGCAGCUGCCCUAGCUUCUACUUCUGAUGUCAAAACUGAGCUCAUGGUUGAUGAGACUAUUUGUACCAAUUCUGAAUCAGGGGAAUAAUCUGUCUUCUUGUUUUAUGAUGAAAGUCGUGACGCUCAAUAGAGAGACGGAAAAGAAGAUAGAAUUAGAUCCUUUUCCUGAUGAAGAUGACAUUCAAUCUUCAAAAUGAAGUGAGAACAGUAAUGUUCAUCCGGUCGAUAACGUAGCUGUUUCUGAUGAACUCGAAGUCCGAGUUUGAGUUGAGAAAACCACCACGCUUGCUGAUGAUACCGAGCAGAGUCUGCUUCCCCUGAGAAAAUCAUUAAUCUCUGGAGCAAGUACACCCCAAGUUCUGAUCCAUCAGGUAUGGCAAAUAAAUCAGCAUUGGGUCUCUGGCAAUCAAGAUUCUACUUUCUGAGGAGCGUGAUGUGUGUAAUUUUUUUUUAUAAUGGGGGCAGCUCAGCCCCCCACUGAAAAUCAUUUUUAACUUUUGGGGUCUAAAAUGUAAUUUCCACAAGUUUUAGAAAAUAAUUUUAACUUUUUUUUCUCCCACAAAUUUUAAAUUCCAUAAGACUUUUGGAAAAUUCUGUCACGGGAGGAGGUGCCAAGACUUUGAUUUGUUGGAAUGUCUUCUUUAUAAAUUAAUUCAGUAAUUUCAUUAA